GGGGGCGGGGCCUGGCGGGCCGGGGCGGGGCCUCGCUUCCCAGGCAAGCGCAGGUCCAGGCGGUGCAGCUUGGGCGGCCCAGCGGAUCGUGCCGCGGCGGCAGAGCGCAGGCAGGAGAUCAUGUCCUCUGAGAUCUUGAGAAGGUGGCUGGAGCCCUUUGGACCUCCGCGGGAGGCAGUGAUAAUUAGCCUCCUCCUCCCAUCAUGUUCUGAGGAUGGGAGAGAGGAUGGUGACGGCACCGGAGGCCUGGGGUGCUCUGCCCGGCUGCGCAUUAUAUCCCCAUUAAAGACUGGCCUACUGAAAAAGGCUGGCCCUGGAAUCAAAGAAGAUCCGGGCUCCUUCCCCCUCUGCCCUUAUUUUUGACCUUGGGCAGUGCCUUCCACCUCUAUUGUGAGAGGCCAGAGAAAAAAAAUCAGAGCUCACCUUUUAUUAAAGUACCUGAUGUGUCCCAAGCUCCUUGGACCGCCCCAGUGACCCCUGGAGCUACAGGAGGGUGUCCAGAAGCCACAAGCCAUGGCUGUGGGGAACAUCAACGAGCUGCCCGAGAACAUCCUGCUGGAGCUGUUCACGCACGUGCCCGCCCGCCAGCUGCUGCUGAACUGCCGCCUGGUCUGCAGCCUCUGGCGGGACCUCAUCGACCUCGUGACCCUCUGGAAACGCAAGUGCCUGCGAGAGGGCUUCAUCACCGAGGACUGGGACCAGCCCGUGGCCGACUGGAAGAUCUUCUACUUCUUACGGAGCCUGCACAGGAACCUCCUGCACAACCCGUGCGCUGAAGAGGGGUUCGAGUUCUGGAGCCUGGAUGUGAAUGGAGGCGAUGAGUGGAAGGUGGAGGAUCUCUCUCGAGACCAGAGGAAGGAAUUCCCCAAUGACCAGGUCAAGAAAUACUUCGUUACUUCAUAUUACACCUGCCUCAAGUCCCAGGUGGUAGACCUCAAGGCCGAAGGGUAUUGGGAGGAGCUGAUGGAUACCACACGGCCGGACAUCGAGGUCAAGGACUGGUUCGCAGCCAGGCCAGAUUGCGGGUCCAAGUACCAGCUGUGCGUUCAGCUCCUGUCGUCCGCACACGCGCCUCUGGGGACCUUCCAGCCAGACCCGGCGACCAUCCAGCAGAAGAGCGAUGCCAAGUGGAGGGAGGUCUCCCACACAUUCUCCAACUACCCGCCCGGCGUCCGCUACAUCUGGUUUCAGCACGGCGGCGUGGACACUCAUUACUGGGCCGGCUGGUACGGCCCGAGGGUCACCAACAGCAGCAUCACCAUCGGGCCCCCGCUGCCCUGACACCCCCUGAGCCCCCAUCUGCUGAACCCUGACUGGUAAACAACUGCUGUCAGAAAAGGGCUGGGCUUGGGAAGGGGAGGUGGAGGCCAGGCGUCCCCAGACCUCUAACCCUUGCCCCUAGCCGCCUCUUCUUUGUGGAGCCUCUCAGUGUGGGCAGCCCUCACAUGCUGGGAUCGGGCCAGCUCUCCCCGAAAGGUCUUGACCUGAAUGAUGGCCGGGGAAGCCUGCGUGUGCCCCUUUCAGAGACGGAGCACCUGAGAUGUGGGAGGUGCAGCAUGUUCCCCUGGGCCCCUCAGAAAGUCGAGCUUGGAGGCCAGCCUGGAUCUGUCUCUCCCUUCCCCUCCUGGGACCAUUCUACCUGUGUUCUUUGACCCUCGGAGCAGGGACAGGCAAGACAACUGGCAAGCUUGCAGCUGCCCUGAUGGUGCAGGUGCAGGGAGGUGACCAUGUAACUCUGACCAAUCUGGGAAGUGGAGGGUGGGCUCAUGGGCCGUGCUCUGCCCCUGUCUGCUGCUCCCAGUCUCUCGCUCUGCCUGCCUGCUCAGAAGAGGUGGCUUUGGCCCAGAGGCUCAGGCCAGGACUGAGAUGGGCAGACCCAGGGCGGGGUGGGGUCCAGGUCGGGUGUGGACUGUCCUCACUGUCAGUGGAGCCCCAGAAGCUAGAUGGGUACCAGGUGGGGUCAGGUUCCCAGAGGACUGAGGGAGUCCUGCACAGGAUGUCCCAGGGUAGGUGGGGAGCAGGAUUGGGACCUGCUCUGACAGCUGGACACGUGAGCCCUGGAUGAGUGUGGUAGGGGGUUUGAAGGAUCCCCUGUCCACCUCCCAAAUCCAGGCCAGGCCCCCUCUGGCUUGGAGAGCAUUCCAAGACCCCACCCCACCCCUAGAACUGCCAUUCCCAAGACCUCUGUCUCCCAGCCAGCCACCCUUGGAACUUGCCUCUUGUCCUGCUGGAAGGACAGCAGUGUUCUCCUGACUUCGCCCUACUGCAUGCAGCCAAAUAAAAGGUGUGCCCAGUCUAA